AUCAUCUACCCCAUUCCUGACAUCACUUACUCAAUCAUCACCACACACACAGCCAUUUAGAUCGAGCUAACCAUUGAGAAUCAAGAAGAAGAACCAUGUUUAACUUCUCGUUUUCAUCCUCAGACGGCCGGAGAUGUGUGUGGGUCAACGGUCCGGUCAUCGUCGGAGCAGGCCCGUCCGGGCUCGCCGUCGGAGCUUGCCUGAAAGAGAAAGACGUCCCUUACGUGAUCUUGGAAAGGGCAGACUGCAUUGCUUCUCUGUGGCAGAAACGCACCUACGACCGCCUCAAACUCCAUCUUCCUAAGCAAUUCUGCCAGCUUCCGAACUACCCUUUCCCCGACCACUUCCCGGAGUACCCUUCCCGGAACCAGUUCAUCGACUACCUCGAAUCCUACGCCAAACACUUCGACAUCACCCCGAGGUUCAACGAAUGCGUCCAGUCCGCUAAGUUCGACGAAAAGAGUAAUAUGUGGAAGGUCCGGACCGUCUCCCCUGCCGGCGAAGAUGUUGAGUACAUUUGCCAGUGGCUAAUCGUCGCCACCGGCGAGAACGCCGAGUGCGUCGUCCCGGAGAUCGAGGGGUUGAAGGAAUUCGACGGCGACGUCAUUCACGCCUGUGAUUACAAGUCCGGCGAGGAUUUCCGGGGAAAGAAAGUUCUAGUAGUUGGCUGCGGGAAUUCCGGGAUGGAACUCUCCCUUGAUCUUUGCAACCAUGAUGCUAAACCUUCCAUGGUUUGCCGGACUUCGGUUCAUGUAUUGCCAAGAGAAAUAAUGGGUAAAUCUACAUUCGAGCUGGCGGUUUUACUGCUGAAAUGGCUGCCACUAUGGCUAGUAGACAAGAUUCUGCUAGUUCUUGCAUGGUUAAUUCUCGGGAACGUCGAGAAAUAUGGUCUUAAAAGGCCGGAGAUUGGACCGUUGACUCUCAAGAACACGCAGGGGAAAUCCCCUGUUCUCGACAUCGGAGGACUGCAAAUGAUUAAAUCCGGUAAAGUCAAUAUAGUCCCCGGAAUCAAGAAGUUCUCCCGGAAAACUGUGGAGCUCGUGGACGGCGAAAGCCUCCAAGUCGACGCCGUCGUUUUGGCCACCGGAUAUCGCAGCAACGUCCCUUACUGGCUACAGGAAAGUGAAUUCUUCUCUAAAAGUGGAUUCCCAAAAGCGCCGUUCCCAAACGGUUGGAAAGGACAAGGAGGGCUUUACGCAGUUGGGUUCACGAGGAGAGGGCUAUCGGGCGCUUCUGCUGACGCUGUCAAAACAGCACAAGACAUCAUCAGACUCUACAAAGAAGAAAUGAAACAGGAAAAGCUCCGAACCAUUUCAACGUUAAUCUCUGUUUAGGAGUUAAUUAAUGACAGGAUUGAUUAUUAAAUUAAAACAAUGUACACUAAUUAUUACUAACCCGAGUAGAAGCUAGUGCAGAGAUCAGUCAGCCCUCUCUAUAAAGCCCAAGUUUUGUUAUUAUUGGGCAUCCGUGUACCUAUACUUAGGAUGACGAGGCGAUUAACGCUCUUUUUCUUCGGCUAUUUAUAUUUAUUUGUAUAAUGAUGUAUCUAAUUACAAAGUUUUUUGUCUCAUUUUGCCCAAAAAAAAGUUUUCUGCC